AUCCCAAAAUCGCACUGAAAGGUAACCCAAAGUGCCCUGGCAGUACAACUAGGUGAAAAAAAUAGCUGUGUUUGGAUAACUUGAAAUUGCAUACCGAAAUAGAUGAUAUGUAUGUGUGUACUUUUAGUUAUGUUUACUGAAAAGAUUUAGUGAAUCAGAGGGGGAUCUUUUUAAACAAUGAAGUAUUUACAAACGUGAAAAUUAUUGACAUUCAUUCAUGAAAAGAACAAAUAUGUAAUAUUCAGUUCAUUCAACGAAUAUCUGCAAUUUGGAAUUAAAUCGUUCAAACACAUUUUAAUCCGAGUGGAUUUUUUUUUCACCCUGGCUUCCAUGGAUCCGUGAUAGUUGUUCCUUGUAUUCCUUGUUGGAUGUUGACAGUGUCUUGUAUCUAUUUUUAGAGGGUUUAUCAGCUGAGUGGACGUGCAAUACACAUAAAAAAUCAUAUAUGUCAUUAGCAGGUUGUUUAUCUUUCACUGUUCGCUCAUCAUAACGAUGGUCUUCAUAUGCGACAAUGCUUCAGAGUGGGCCCUGCAUAUUAACGGAAGAAGAAGUAGAGAAGAGUUUCUGUAUUGAACUUGUGGUUUAUUUGACAAUUUUAAAAUCAAACAGUAUGACGGUCACGGUUGAAAUUUAGAUUGAAGAUGGUUGAAGGUGGAAGAAAACAGUGUGGUCUUAAAUACAUAGUUUGCUUAUUUUCUUCUACAAUAUUAUGUAUAUCUGGACAGACAACGUUGCAAGCAGUUUGGAUGGUACCAUUUACGUCACACCCGACGUCAAGUUUUGUCUAUAACGCAUCGUCUUCUGUAGCGGCGUUGGCUUUGGGUAUACAGACCGUGUACAAACAGUCUAUUCUUCCUGGUCACGUGUUCAAUGUUAGCCUGAUAGACACAGACUGUAGCAGCAAGCAGAGUAUGGGUGCACUUGUUGAUCUUCUGUUUCAACAAAACGUUGACGUGGUGUUUGGACCUCCGUGUUCACAAGUUGUACAACCUGUUGGAGAGUUGCUAUCCUAUAGAGAUGUUCCACUAUUGAACUGGGUUUCUCUAGGACAAACCAUCGGCUACAAAGAGGACCAUGACACGUAUAUACGGACAAUGGCCCCAAUCUCAUCACUAGGUGGUAUCAUGACACUAUUUUAUUACUACACCGGUUGGAGGAGACUGGUUAUGAUUUCUAGCGAAGGAGAUGAUUAUAAAAGUGGCGCGAUAACCAUAGAAACCAAUCUGAAAAGUCACGCCUCUAACGGCUUUCUGAUAGCGCAUCACUACAGUGACGUCAACAUCAACGCUACGGCAGCAGAGAUAGACCAAAUACUGUCAAAUAUCAUCCACGAAGGAAGAAUAAUAAUAUUGGUGAUUCCACGGGUUGAGCUACGGACAUAUAUGUUGCAGGCUUACCUGCUGGGUAUGACCAGCGGAGAUUACCAAUUCCUGUUCACCGACAUGCAGCUUGCCGACAACGAGGACAUGACUGUUAUAAACAGCGACAUGUUGUGGAAGCAAGGGGACCAGUAUGACACUGCGGCAAGACAAGCUUUUGAAAACGUCCUCUAUUUUGUGCUAGGUCACACUUCACACGAGGUGUCUGAAUGGAGCGCUGAAGCUUUCAGUGCUUACAACGAUACCUUUGCUGGUAGGAGGGAUGUUCCAGAACCGACAGAGCCGGACGAGUUUGCAUCCUAUCUACACGAUACUGUCAUUUUGUACGCCAAAACAUUGAACAGGUCUCUCACUUAUGGAUUGACCGGAAGCGGAAGUGACAUUUUUGCAUGGUCGUCAGUUGAAUUCUUCAAAGGACUAUCGGGGGAUGUUGUGAUGAACCAGCAAGGUGAUAGACAACCAACAUUUUUCGUGUACGACAUGAACUCGUCGGGAAUAUUUCACCUGGUUGCCAAUCUUCAGUACACCAUUGACGAGAGUUUGAGAAGAGUUAAUACGACGUCAACCUUUACAAAGAUUAUUUGGGGAGAUGGAAGGACAACAGAUGAUCCCUAUAUCCCUCCUGACAUUCCGGCUUGUGGCUUCUUCAAUGAAAAUUGUCCACCGGAAUCUUCUUCGGAGAACUAUUUGAUAAUCAUUGUCCCAGUGUGCCUCACAAUGUUGGUGAUCCUUCUAGCGCUGUUCCUCAUCUUCAGAUGGUGGAGAAGUGAAAGGAAUUUACAAAACAUGUCUUGGAAAAUCGACUAUAAUGAUCUUAAUUUUAACUUUUCGUCGAAGAAAAUGCAUUCUUCCAUGAGAACAUCCAAAGGACUUAAUAGCAGUGCCGGAAGUUUGGAUAGCACGACACUGUCCGGAACUAUCCGAAGUGGUGCCACUUCCACCCAGACGUUAAGACAUUCCAUAACAAGAGGACAGAUUUUUACAACUGUUGCUAUGCUUAAAGGGGAGAUGGUUGCUGUGAAAUUGACCACUAGAAAGAAAAUCAAUGCAGACAGGAAGUUCCUGCUUCAUAUGAAACAUUUGCAUGAAUUAAAACAUGCAAAUCUGACGACAUUUGUCGGCGUGUGCACCAUACCAGAGAAAAUCUGUUCCGUUUGGGAAUAUUGUAGUAAAGGCAGUCUGCAGGACGUGAUUGAAAACGAUGACAUUCACCUGGACACCAUGUUCAAACUUUCAUUGGCUCUGGACAUAUGUCAGGGACUAGAAUAUCUUCACAAGAGCGCUAUUAGACACCAUGGGAAUCUACGAAGUUCAAAUUGUGUCAUUGACAACCGUUGGGUUUGCAAGUUGACAGAUUUUGGCAUCCAGAGACUCAAACCGGCACGUGACUCUGUGGAGACCAUAGGAGAACAUGCCUUCUAUGCUAGACUAUUUUGGACAGCGCCAGAAAUUUUACGGAAGAUAUUGAGGAAGGAGUCCUACGCACACACGAGUGAAGCGGAUAUUUAUGCCCUUGGUGUGAUUAUCAAAGAAUUAUUGUGUAGAAAUGAACCGUACUGUGCUGAAACACAUCUCUCGCCUCAAGAAAUUAUAAAUAAAAUCGCCAAACCAGACGAUCCUGAUGAUAUUUUCAGACCGGCUAUAGCUGAUACCGAGCUGGACUCGGAAUAUAGCCAGGCCAAUAUGGUGUAUCUGAUCCAGCGGUGCUGGGCAGAGGACCCGGAAGUCAGGCCAGCAAUGAAAAGUAUAAUACGGACACUUAACAAAUUGAACCCAUACAAGAAAGCUAGUGUAGUUGACAAUAUGAUUGCAAUGAUGGAAAAGUACACAAACAACUUGGAAGAGAUCGUUGCCGAAAGAACAGAACAACUUCAGGAGGAGAAAUUGAAGACAGAUGCACUGUUGUACAGAAUGCUUCCUAAGAAAGUUGCGGAGGAUCUGAAAGUUGGGCGAGCUGUACAGGCGGAGGCAUUUGAUUCUGUGACAAUAUAUUUCUCCGACAUUGUACAGUUUACAAACCUUGCGAGUGAGAGUACACCGCUAGAGAUAGUGGCCUUGCUGAAUUCCUUAUACACGUUGUUCGAUGCCAUUAUUAGUCAUUAUAACGUCUAUAAGGUGGAAACAAUUGGAGAUGCAUAUAUGAUUGUUAGUGGACUGCCAGAAAGGAACGGGAACCUGCAUGUAAAAGAGAUCGCUGGAGUUGCUCUGAGCAUUUUGCAAAGUGUUAUGACGUUCAAAAUACCUCACAAACCAGACAGACAGUUAGAGAUCAGAAUAGGUUUACACACCGGCUCUGUGGUAGCUGGAGUGGUAGGACUGACGAUGCCUAGAUACUGUUUGUUUGGAGAUACUGUCAACACAGCCUCUAGAAUGGAGUCAAAUGGAAAACCAUUGAAGGUGCACGUAAGCCCAAGUACUAAGGAAGCCCUGGACGAAUUUCCAGAAUUUCUAGUAGAAGAGAGAGGCGAGAUACCAAUUAAGGGUAAAGGCAUGAUGAGGACAUACUGGCUGUCAGGCUUAUACAUUGCUGACGAGGAGGUUUGCAUGGAAACUGAUCAGUACCUGAAACUUGUAGAGCCCGAUAAACCAUUAGAAGACAAACACGCGGACGAAUACACGAGCCAUGGUACUAGCAAUCUAACCGGGACUGAACUGAAAGUGUGUGAUAUUGUUGAAGGCAAAAUAAGUGUAGCUGAUUCUGGUAUCAGUAUGGACAAAGGAACAAACGAUAAAAUUGGAAAUACUUUACUUAGUACUGACUCUACUAGCGGAGAAGAUAUUGACGUCGAUAACGGUAAUCCUGAAUUUAGUAAGGAUGUGAAACGUAUUGAAAGUGUUGCAGAAAAUGAAACUGAGGUAUCCGCUGAUGCAGGUUUGAAAACGGAUAAUGAAAACUCAAAAAGAGCUCAGGGAGACUUUUCCCUUACACAGUUUUUCUGUGAAACAUUCAACAGAAAUCAGAAUACUUUUGGACAUAUUGAAACAAAAACAUUGUCUGAGGAGCAUUAUCAAACACCCGAUGAGAAGACCAGGGCGGAAAAACAGUCGCACUCUCUAACCAGUUUAGAACAUUUUAAAGUAUCGGAUAAUCAAGACAGAAAAACCGUACGGAAAAAGAAAAAGACUGUGAAUAAACGGGGCAAAAAUUAUAAUAAAAUGAAAACUAAACAACAGCCACGUGAUCAGAAUUCAUCCUCGGACGAAGAAAGUCUCGAGUUCAGAAAAGAACGUUUCAAUAACAAACUAGAAGAAAACCGAAAAGCUAAAUUCCGGCCACCUGCACGUAAUAGUGCCACUAACUUUAUGACAGUUCAUAACAACUGGUUUCAGGAUGAUUUGCUUCCGGAUGAAUUAUCAUAAAUAUUUGGUCAACCAGUUUCAACUAUAUUAAAAUAAAAUAUAUAUUAUUGAAUACUGACAUAUAAUACAAAAAUAUAACAUUCAAAAUGUACGAUUAUUAUUUUGGAUACAAA